GGGCAUGCAUGUGUUUGUCGAUUAGCGAGUGGACACAGCGUGAUCGAGCAUGCAGCUUCACUGAUCAUUGCCAAACACCUUGCUGACACUCUGGACCCAUCAUGGAGUCGGGAAAGCAGCUAACAGGGACACUGGUCGUGGCUGUGUGCACAGCAGCUCUGGGAUCCCUACAGUAUGGUUACAGUCUUGGAGUUAUCAACGCACCACAAAAGGUCAUUGAAAAACAUUAUGAGCUCUCCCUGGGGGUCUUCUCGGAGAGGGCCUCUGGGCUUCCAGAAAACAGCACAGAAGAAAAAGAGGUGGGACAACACCCUGCUGUGGUCAUGUACUGGUCAUUGUCAGUGGCAAUCUUCUCCGUCGGUGGCAUGUUGUCGUCCUUCCUGGUGGGAUUUGUGGGAGACCUUAAAGGCAGGGUAAAAGGCAUGUUAAUGGUCAACAUUCUGGCCGUAGCUGGUGGACUGCUGAUGGGUCUUUGCAGGAUGUGGAAACCUCACAUUAUGGUCAUCUCAGGCCGCGCUAUUAUGGGCUUUUACUGUGGAUUGACAUCUGGACUAGUGCCCAUGUACAUUGGAGAGAUUGCACCCAAGGCUUACAGAGGGGCACUGGGAACAUUACACCAGCUGGCUAUUGUCAUUGGCAUCCUAAUCAGCCAGGUACUAGGCUUGGACUUUGUACUUGGUAACGACUACAUGUGGCCCCUGUUACUUGGUCUUUCUGGAGCUCCGGCCAUAUUACAAUCCUUUCUGCUACCUCUAUGCCCUGAAAGUCCUCGGUACCUUUAUAUUCUACUGGGCAAGGAGCAAGAAGCUAAAAAAAGUCUUUAUCGUCUAAGGGGGCCAUAUGAUGCAACUUCUGAUUUGGAGGAGAUGCGGAGAGAGAAAGAGGAGGCGGACAAGGAGGCCAGGGUCUCUAUCCUUUCUUUGAUCCGCUCCUCUGUGUACAGACAGCAGCUGUUUGUUGCCCUCAUGAUGCACCUCUCUCAGCAGUUGUCUGGCAUCAAUGGAAUCUUUUAUUACUCUACGGCCAUCUUCAACCGGGCAGGUGUCAGUCAGCCGGUCUACGCCACUAUAGGAGUCGGGGUCAUUAACACAAUCUUCACUAUGGUUUCUGUUGCACUGGUGGACAAGGCUGGCAGGCGUACUCUGACUCUCGCUGGUCUGGGAGGGAUGUGCUGCUGCGCAAUUGCCAUGACAGUGGGCCUCAGAUUCCAGGAUGAAUACUCCUGGAUGAGCUACGUCAGCAUGUCAGCUAUCUUCCUCUUUGUGAGUUUCUUUGAAAUUGGUCCUGGUCCUAUUCCAUGGUUCAUAGUGGCUGAACUGUUCAGCCAGGGACCUCGGCCUGCGGCCAUCGCUCUAGCUGGCUGCUGCAACUGGACCAGCAACUUCAUCAUAGGCAUGACCUUCCCUUAUAUACAGGCUUGGCUGGAUAGUUACGUGUUCACCCUGUUUGCUGUGCUGCUUCUCGGUUUCACCGUGUUUACUUAUCUUCGGGUCCCUGAGACCAAGGGUAAAACUUUUGAGGAGAUUGCUGCUGUGUUCCACAAGGGACGGAAGAAGCUGGCACAGAGCCCCAAAGAUGAUACUGAGCUGCAGCAGCUCAAAACAUCCUCAGAUGCCUAAAACAAUGGCUAUGUGUUUGUGUAGUCCUUACAGUAUUACAAUGAUUACUUGAAGGAAUUAAAGAAUAUAUAUGUUUUUUUUACACAAGAAAAGAUUACAGUUUUUCAGAAUGUUAAUAUGUGGGCACACACAUAAGCCCACAUUGAGAGUCUGACUCUGAGAGGAAAGUUACUUGAAUUGAAAAUGUUUUUGCUGACUUACCUUAAACUGGACUUGUAUUAUCAUUUCCUUCUCUGAUUUCAAACAGAUACUUUCAUUAAUAGAAAUCUUGGUGUGAUAGAUUUUCAAGAAAAUGUUACAAAAAAAUAAAUGUCUUAUAAA